GAAACGUUCGUUUUGGACAGCAUAUUUAGAGCCCUCCAGGCCGACUGCUCCUCGCUCCAAUCGCCCCACGGAACCGCCUCAAGCUGCAAUCCCGCCGACAAGACGCUCCCCCACCUUUCCGACGAGCCAAUCGGAGUUUAGCCAUUAACACCCAUAAGUUUGGGCCAACCCAAAGCAUCUAAGCGUGAGGGUAUUACAGACCGGCUGGUUUGUGGGUUGAAAUUUUUAUAACUUAGGGUUUAUUUUUGUGGGCUUGUAUCGGUUUAACAAUGUCGGUGACAGCAGGUGUUAGUGAUACUAUAAUUGCAAUUAGGGAUAAGCUUAGAGGGAAAAUUGGGCAAACAAAAGUUAAAAGAUAUUGGCCUGGUAGAGCUCCUGAAUGGGCUGAGGAUGUUCUUGAAGAUGGGGAUAUCCAGUUGGAUAGGGUGGCUGCCCUUGAACGAGCGUUCCCAAGUCAUGAUGACUCACAUAUUGUUAAGAAGGAUGAUGCUAGGCUGCGACGUUUGGCUGAGAGUAGGAUAGAUAAUCGUGAUGAAGUGAGAGCUGAUCAUCGGCGCAUCCGACAAGCUGAAAUUGUUUCAACAAUUGAGGAGGAAGCUAGAAGGCAGGAGGGAUUAGAUCUAGAGGAAGAGGACGCAGAUGCUUUAGAGGAAAGGAGAAGAAGAAUUAGGGAGAAGUUGCUUCAGAGGGAGCAGGAAGAGGCUGUACUUCCAGAAGAAGAAGAGGAGGAGGUAGAAGAAGAGGAGGAAGAGGAAUCUGAGUAUGAGACCGAUUCGGAGGAAGAACAUAUGGGAAUUGCAAUGGUUAAGCCUGUCUUUGUUCCUAAAUCGGAGAGGGAUACCAUUGCUGAACGCGAGCGUCUUGAAGCUGAAGAACAAGCCCUUGAGGAAUCAAAGAGGAAGAGACUAGAGGAGAGGAAGGUGGAGACAAAGCAGAUCGUGGUUGAGGAAAUUCGAAAAGAUGAAGAGAUUCAAAAGAAUAUGGAAAUGGAGGCAAAUAUUGCUGAUGUUGAUACCGAUGAUGAAGUCAAUGAGGCGGAGGAGUAUGAAGCUUGGAAGGCAAGGGAGAUUGCUAGGAUAAAGAGGGAUAGGGAGGAUCGUGAGGCAAUGUUAAAGGAGAAGGAAGAGAUUGAAAAGGUGAGAAACAUGACAGAGGAAGAGCGAAGGGAGUGGGAGAGGAAGAAUCCAAAACCUGCUCCACCUCCAAAGCAGAAAUGGAGGUUCAUGCAGAAAUAUUACCACAAGGGUGCAUUCUUCCAGUCGGAUACUGAUGAUCGCAUUCCAAUUGCUGGGACAAAUAAUAUUUAUCAGCGUGAUUUCUCUGCUCCAACUGGAGAAGAUAAGAUGGACAAGACAAUAUUGCCCAAGGUCAUGCAGGUCAAGCACUUUGGCCGUAGUGGAAGGACAAAAUGGACCCAUCUGGUCAAUGAGGAUACAACUGACUGGAACAAUCCGUGGACAUACAAUGAUCCUCUUCGAGCCAAGUACAAUGCAAAAAUGGCCGGAAUGAAUGCGGCUAUAGCGAAACCCAAAGGUAGCAAGAAAUUGAAGGAUUGGGAAUCUCAUUGAUUUUCAAGCGCAUAUAGAAAGCAUUCCAGUCAAUUUUAGCAGUCAUUAUGUUGGGAAAAUUGAAUGUUUCUUGGUUAUUAAUUUUGUAGAUACACGUAUGCUUCUCUGUUAUAUUGGAAGCAAACUCAUGAGACAGCCGAGAAUAGGUUGACUUUUGUGGACAGAAAGGCACCUUAAAAUAUUUAAAGAUUUCUAUAUGGAGGGGGGGAUCCCUGCUGCCACCCUACAGUCAUUGUUCUUCCCCCCACC